GAAGAUACAAUAUACGUCAUUUCCGGUCUUAAGUAAGGCAAAUUGAAAGCUGAUCUGAGAGCAGCCUUUUCACUUCUGAAUCAACCAUUCUGACUUCACACCAAUAUGCGCAACUGACUCGAGAACAGCGCAUCUCCUCUUCCUCACCUAUUGCGUUUUGUAAACUUCUAACCCGCUUCCUCGUUGAGCAGCGGUGCUGUCAAGGUCCAGACAUGGCGCUGAGUGUUUUAUAUCACGUUAAACUCCUACGAACGAGCACCCGGACACAAACCGUCAGACUGGCGCACAGCCUCCUGCGGAGAGACGCCGGACCGCAACACGACCUGUGCCCGCGGAGAGCUCACUGCUGCCCGGUCAGUGUGAGUCAGUGGCUCACCAGCAGAGCUGCUCGUCGGCUGUGUGAACACUCCUCCAGAACGUUCUCCUCCUCACUGCCUCCACCAGACAACAACAACAAGAAGAAGAAGGCUGGGCCGGUCACGUGGAGAUCUUUAGCGAUCACAUUUGCUAUCGGAGGCUCUCUGCUCGGAGGGAUGAAAUAUCUGAAGAAAGAGAAGGAAGAACAGUUGGACAAGGAGCGGAACCGGUCGGUGGGCCGGCCGGCGCUCGGCGGUCCGUUCUCGCUCGUCGAUCACAACAACAAGCCCGCCGCCAGCGAGGACUUCCUGGGCCAGUGGGUCCUCAUCUACUUCGGCUUUACUCACUGCCCCGACAUCUGCCCGGACGAGAUCGAGAAGAUGAUCGAGGUGGUGGACGAAUUAGAUAAAGUGAAGUCUCUCCCAAACCUCACGCCGAUCCUGAUCACCAUCGAUCCGGACCGGGACACGGCCGAGGCCAUGGCGGCGUACGUGAAAGAGUUUUCCCCGAAGCUGAUCGGCCUGACUGGGCCCAAGGACCGCAUCGAGGAGGUCUCCAGAGCCUACAGAGUUUACUACAGCCAGGGACCAAAGGACGAAGACAACGACUACAUCGUGGACCACACCAUCAUCAUGUACCUGGUGGCGCCCGACGGGGAGUUCGAGGAGUACUUCGGACAGAACAAGACCGCCGUGGAGAUCACCAACUCCGUCGCGGCGCACAUGAGGAAGUACAAGAACGCCGAGGCGGCCGCCAAACGGAAGCUGGCGGCGGACCGGCGGGUUUGAUCGCUACUGACGCUUGUCGCGUGUAUUUAUUCUGAACGAAGGGUCCGCGGUCACAUUCCCUUUUCAUAACGAGCGCCGUCUCCUGAGGACGUUCUUCGUCACGCCGCUGCUGCAUCCUGUUUGUAACAAAGAUCAUCCGAUGAGAUCGAUAGCUCUGAUUUCUGAUGCGAGCAGUGAGGAAAUAACCUGUGGUUUUGAUUUUGUGAUAUAAAAAAAAAGAGAAAAUACAACAAUGCGUUUGAUAUUUUAUUUGUGUAUUGAUCAGGAUUAAGAACGUCGCUGUUGAGACCCCGGAGGUUUCAGCAGGAAAGAAACUUUCUGCACUAGUUUUCAUUCAUUGUUGAAUAUUUAUUUUUAUGAAAAUUAAACUAAAGCGUAAAAUAUCAAAAUGUAGCCGAAUAAGAGCUUUGAAGAAGAAUGUGAUUAAUGUAAAGUUUAAUCCUUGUAAAGAGUAAAAAAAUACAGCCUGAUUAAAAAAAAUAAUGCAGGAAGACCAGAUUCACAGAAUGACUUAUUCGUUCAUCCUUUAAGGGUGAAAUUAUUAUUUACUAUUUCUUUAAACACUGUGACAUGUUUAUCCGCGAGGCUCUAGACUUGGUGAGUGAAGUUGUGGGUUUCAUGUGUUAAGAGGAUUAUCACACUUCUUUUGACCAGAAUGAUUGUUUCUUUUUGUCAACUAUCUGAAUGAAGACUAAAGGACCAAGUCAUCCGCUUCA